AUGGCGAGUUUGACUUAUCACAAGUUUGGCAAGAUGUCCCGCCCUUCCAGCUCCCCACUCCGGAGAGGAAUCGGUAGCCCCAAAAAGGCCGGCAAAAAUGCCGACGUGUUCCGAGGAGCGGAAGUAGUCAGAUUUCACUGGGAACCACUAAUUAAAACAAUACCUUUAGCUAUUGUGAUAUUUUUGCUUAGAAAUCCCUUUUUUCUUUGCAAAAAAUCAUUUGACAGAUUUGAUGAAAAAGAAAAUGUGUCCAGCUGCAUCCUUAUAAAAGGUAUUAAGAACCAGUUGAUAGAGCAAUUUCCAGGUAUUGAACCAUGGCUUAAUCAAAUCAUGCCUAAGAAAGAUCCUGUCAAAAUAGUUCGAUGUACAGAACAUAUAGAAAUCCUUACAGUAAAUGGAGAAUUACUGUUUUGUAGACAAAGAGAAGGGCCUUUUUAUCCAACCCUAAGGUUACUUCACAAAUAUCCUUUUAUUCUGCCACACCAGCAGGUUGAUAAAGGAACCAUCAAAUUUGUGCUCAGUGGAGCAAAUAUCAUGUGUCCAGGCUUAACUUCUCCUGGAGCUAAACUACCUGCUGCAGUAGAUACAACUGUUGCAAUCAUGGUGGAAGGAAAACCGCAUGCUCUGCGUGUUGGAGUCAGGACGGUGCGUGCAGAAGAUAUUGAGAAAGUCAACAAAAGAAUUGGCAUUGAAAAUAUCCAUUAUUUAAAUGAUGGGCUGUGGCAUAUGAAGACAUAUAAAUGA